GCGCGUUUUUAUUCAUUGUAACUUGUUGCUGCCUGCAUGUAAACAUGUAAAAUACACGUGUUGAUAUUCUUUGUUUGUUUUUUCGGGCAAUAAGUUAUGUUGUACGUUUUAAUUCAGUGUGUGUAUGUUUUUGCGAAGUAUAUAUAUAUAUAGUGUAAUAGCGGUAACGUGUCAGUGAAAAAUGUGCAGCGAGUUUGCAGUUGCGUAAAUCAUUGACUAAUUAAACAAUUAGAUUAAUCGAAAAGUACAAGGAAAAUAAUAAAAUGACGGAUUUUACUCCAUAUAUUUCUGCUGAAUUGGCAGCAACUUGCGAUGCUUUAGGUUAUUACGAUGGUUAUAAAUAUCAUUUGGAUAAAAAUUGUCUUGAGGUGAUAAAAGAUUUAAUAAAAUAUUUACGAAGAGAUGACAAUACUCAUGUUGUUCGUCGUUAUCUCGGACACUCAAAAAUUGUUCAAACUGAUCUCAUUAAAAUAUUUGUCGAACAUUCCGAGAAACAAGAACUUUGGGAUGUUCUCUUACGGUUGAUGAUAAAUUUAACGAGUUCAGCUUUGAUGUUUUAUAAUGAAGAAUUGCCUACGGAGAAAGUCACCCGAACCCUUUAUCAAGAAAUCGUUUCCCAUUUGCAAGGCUACAAAAUUGCUCUUACCGAAGAAGGAGUUUGGAAUACGGUUAGAGAUCAUCUUGGCAAAUUAUUGAGUAUUGAUACAGCGGAAAGAGGAGAGGAAAAUGAAAUAAUAAUUGAACGUAUUCUCACGUUUAUCAGGAAUGUUUUACAAAUUCCACCACCUGAUAAUGAUUUACGAACUGAUAAUGACGCAACUGCACAUGAUGAGUUAUUAUUUGCUCUACAUUCGUCCGGAACUGUUGAUCUUUUACUUUUCAUUGCAAGUAAUAGAAGCGAACAACAUUAUCAUAUGCAAAUUUUAGAGAUAAUAUCAUUGAUGUUGCGUGAGCAGAAUCCAAGUAAAUUAGCCACUGUUGGAGCUCAGAGAAGUACCUUGGAAAAAGAAAAAGACGAAGAAAAAUUAUUGAUAAUUAAAGAAAAGGAGAAAAUUGAGAAAAAGGAAAAAAUGCGAAAAAUCGCUGGCUCAAGGCACUCAAGAUUCGGUGGCACUUACGUUGUGCAGAACAUGAAGGCAAUCGGAGAAAACCAGUUGAUCUGCCACAAGCCUUAUCAGAAAAUCGAGGCACUUGAAUUUGGCACGGAAAAGGUGAAUGUGAAAAAACCGAAAAACAGGAGAGCCAUGGCAGAUACGAUGGUAGAACGCGUUUCCGCUUUCAGUGUGAGGCUAUUCCUAAAGGAAUUUUGCGUCGAGUUUCUGAAUGGCGCUUACAAUCCUGUGAUGAGAUACGCGAGAUCUUGUAUAAAUAAUGCCAGUUCUGAAGGACAUGUGGAUGCACGUUUCUAUCUCUGGGCAAUGCGUUUCUUUAUGGAGUUCAAUCGAAAUUACAAGUUUCAUGUGAAAUACGUGAGCGAGACAAUAUCAACAGAGAUAUUUCAUUUUGUCCAGAGACAAAUGGAGGAAUAUUACGAGAUAUUGUCGUUGGAAAAGAAAAAGACCCAACUUUGGUCGGGAAGAUUGCAUCUCGCUUUGAAAGCGUACCAGGAGUUGCUUCAUACAUUACUGGCGAUGGAUAAAAGUCCGGACAAAGGCGUUCAAAACUCUAGCAAAGUCAUCAAGAGUAAUAUAUUCUAUGUUCCUGAAUAUCGGGAAACGAUACUUUCCCAGAUGCUGUGUUUCAAUGAACUAAAAAUGUCGAGGGCAUAUUUGGUUGAUCUAACAGUGACGACACAUGUUUUUUUGAAAGCCCUUGAACAAUUUUGCGGUAUAGGAAAAACCGUUAUUGUUCAAACAAAAAAGAAAAAAUCUCAGAAACGCAAGAAAAAGUCUGUCAAAGAAAAUUCACAAGCUCCGCCAGUUGUACUGAGUUUGGAAGAUCGAUGGGAUGAUGUUGGACCAGAAUUGUCAGCUGUUAUGCAAUCAAAUCAGAUUCCAGUCGUGAUGCCUUUUGAUGCGACUCUGGACACUCCAAUAGAUGAGCAAAAGAACGAUGCAAUGAAGAAAAUACAAAUAUUGAUGCGAAAGAAACAACUCGAGGAGUCAAUUGGUCUUUUUCGUUCUGCGAGGGAUGUUUGGCCUCAAAACGACCAUUUCGGAAGUAAGGAUAUGCCCGUGGAGGAGGAAUUUUUGGCACUACGUGAAAUUUUCUUUGCUGAUUUGGGUGGUGAGUACAUUUUUAAGAAAACU